CCAAUUAGACUCUGUGCGCGAUCCUGAAACUGUACCCGCGCUGGCACAGUCGGGAGCAUGCAAUGCAUGCCUGGUUCAUCGAGCGUUGCACUGUCCAGGUUCAGUUCUUCGGGCAGAACUACGCGACUUUAUACAGACCCUUUCAUUUGCCUCUUUUUUGGCGACACUUCAAAGUAUCUAUGUUCACCUUGAGAAUGUUAUAAACUCAAUUUCUGCCUCGAAAGCGUUUAAUGGCUCCGUUUCGAGUAGGUAAGAGAUUCACAGUUCUGAAACAGUGACAAUCCAGCGUCAACGCCGAAGACAUAGCCGAACGAGGACAGCGCCAAGGAACACUGCACUGUCUGUAGUUCGCUGGUUCUCUGGAGUUACUUUUUAUUCCAGUGUUUUUGAACAAUUUCAUACCAGAUUCAAGACUGGACUACGCGGUUAUUGUCUUGAAAAUCGACAAUUCUACUCUGCGUAAACUGUAGUUGCAGAAACUGUUAGUACGUAGAGAACGAGGAUAUAAUAAUUCACAAUUUGUUUUUAAAAAAGGUUUGGUGGAUCGAGUAUGAUACAAAUAUUAUACAGUUAUACAUGCAUGUUCAUAGUAGCGUAUUUUUGACAUCCCAGAUAUUCUACGGUCGAAGAGCGCUUGUUGCUAUGAUGCUACCUGAUGAGAGUAUUUACUGAAAUCGUAUUUAUUUCAAGCGGACCUUUAGAUAAUAUUGAAGACAUUUUGCCCCAACUGCAAAACAUUUUUUGUUUGUGAAUGAAACAUACUUUCCAAAUGUGAAUUCAAGCUUCAUCUCAAUAACUGUUUGGUGAAUUAAUGCCAUCAAUUCGUCAGAGGAAUCAACAGAUAUAUUUUGACAAUUACAAUUUAAAAAGCUUUCAGAUGUGAAUAUUAUUUCACUGUUAAGUUGACAUUUUCUACCGCGGUGGGCGCUACAUCAAGAGGGACUUUUGGGUGUCUAAGUUCGGGAGCCAUGCCGCAGGUUGAAAUUAUCCUGCUCAUUUCCCUGGUCUUAUGGAUGUGUGCCUAUGGCCAAGAGCCGGCCUCCAAGGUGGUAUCCGACCGCUAUGCCGUCUACUGGAACCGGACCAAUCCCAGGUUCUACCGCGGGGACUAUCACAUUGACGUGUGUAUAAACGACUACCUGGAUGUGUUCUGUCCCCACUACCUGGACUCUGUCCCUGAGGAGCGGACGGAGCGCUACGUCCUCUACAUGGUCAACUACGACGGCUACAGCUCCUGUGAUCACACGGCCAAAGGCUUCAAACGCUGGGAGUGUAACAGGCCCCACUCCGGCAAUGGGCCUCUGAAGUUCUCUGAGAAGUUCCAGCUCUUCACGCCCUUCUCUCUGGGCUUCGAAUUCCGUCCCGGCAGAGAGUACUACUAUAUAUCGUCCACCGUGGCUGACAAUGGAAGGAGAAGUUGCCUGAGACUGAAGGUGUUCGUCAGACCAGCAACAGACAAUUGUGUGAAAACUGUCAGCGUUCAUGAUCGUGUUUUUGACGUCAAUGAACGAGUGGACAAUUCCCUAGAACCAAGAGAUGACACCAGUCACGAGUCAGCCGAGCCGUCCCGAGGUGGCGUCAACUCUGUGGGCCGGGUUCAGACCACCAGCCUGCUGGUCAUUUCUGCCCUGCUUCUCUUGGCCGCCAUCUUGCCUUUAUAACGAUAGGCCUGGCGGUUUUAGUCAGAGCGGACCGCUCUGACUGGACCACAGGCCCCCCCCCAAAACCCCCAAGGAGCACUUUUGACAGACUCUCGGUGCAGGGGAGUGGUGGACUUCUAAGGGGACGUAGUUUUUUUUAAAUAAAACUUUCAAUUUGGGGCGUUAAGCAAAAAGCCACAUUUUGUCAUUUUACUUUACUGUGGAUUGAAAUGUUUGAAGGACAUGGUGUCCCGGUGAAUUUUUUUCUCCAUCCCAAUCUCCUUUCUUUCUCUCACACAAACUCACAUUCACAUUCAAUCUCAGUUUCUCUUUCCCUCAUCUGUGGCCCCCAAACCAUUGUUGCAAGAUAAAACAACAAAACAAAAACAACCACUAUUGAAAAAGAACCUAUUUUCCAAGUCCCACAUUUUUUUUCCAGAGUGUUAGGAAGUCUUGUAUCAAAUGACUAUGACUUGAAGAAGGCUUGUAAACUGAUCAAAUCAGCCAAUGGCAGUGACGCAAGAGCAUUACUGGACAGUGAAAUGUGGCCAAUGCCUAUGGGCCAAUCAAAUGAAGACAAGGCCUGUGGGCCAAUCCGUGGUGAAACAAGGAUCCAGAGCCAUGGUAGCUGCUUGGAGAAAUCCUGUUGCCAAGGGAGGGGGCUCUUAUUUUACCGCCUAUCAACAGUCCACCAGAAAUUCCUCUCAGGUGAUGGAGGUUGGAUUUGAUGACUCAGAGACAUGGGGAGGAAGCUCUGAGAAAAAAAAAAAAAAGAAGCACUCGUGUUUAGUCAUUUGUGUCAUUUUAGGGGGAUUAGUGAUCAAUUAAUGUAUUUUUUUAAAUGAAUCCCAUAAUUCAAGUGUAGCAGCCAACACAUGUGUAUAUUUGAGGGGAGCGUGGGAGUGGAUAUGGUAUUUUGUCAGAGAAUUGUCAGGUAUUUUACUAUUUAUUGUUGAGUCCUUGUGCUCUUGCUCUUUCCUGAAGACUGUUCUGGUUCAGUCACUGUAAUUACAGCAGAGAGAAGCCCAAAAGUUCACCACCACUAAAAAGCAUUUUGGUUAUAACAGGUAUGGUUAUAUUUCAUCUCACAUACACAUUUUAUAUCUGGGCUUGGACUCAAAGUAUAAAUAUAAAAACCGAGAUCAGGGAUAAGGACAAUGAGUUGGAUGUUGAAUCAGGAAUUUGGAACGUGUGUUACAACUGUGUUUCUUCUCUGGACCAGUAAACAUACUGUAAGGACUGAAAACAUCUGUCCAUAUAACCGUCCACUGCUUUUUUUUUUUUUUAACAAACAUUGUCACAGCAUUUUCAAACGUUGUAAUAACCUUGACAAAACAAUUAUGUACAUAAACACAAAGUUCAGGGAUGUCUCCGUAACGAUGAUUAGUUUCAGUGUCCCCCCCCCCCC